AUCAGUUUGUAAACAUUACGCGUGGAUCACAUGAUACAGUAUGGUUUAACGAUAUAGCAGAAAUAUUCGGCCAUGUUUGUUUUUGAAAGGAAUUUACAUAUAAACUUGACUAUGUGGUAAGCGUGAACUAUUUCGAGAACACAUGUAUGUUCACGAAUUUCUACUGACUAAUGACAUCAUAUUAAUAUAAUUUACGGAUUAAAUAUGAAAGUAUUUGCUACUAUAUUGAGCGUCCUAGUUAUUUGCGCUCUCACUGUUGUAAACACUGUACAGUGUCAAGGAAUAAAUAACGUAGAUGUGCAAGUGCUCGAAAUAUCAUCCGAAGCGGUAUUUCGGUAUGCCAAAGUCUUGAUAAGAAGUUUGAUGAUAAACAGGAAUUCAGCGGAUCAAGAAGUUGCGUUUCAGGUUCGUCUACCAAAAGAAGCAUAUAUUACAAGUUUUGUAAUAAUAACUGGUGGUAGGAAGAUCAAAGCUCUCAUUAAAGAGAAGAAAAAGGCGCAAGAUGCUUACGACAAAGCAAAAAAGGAUAAUGUAACAGCAGGACUUGUGAGCCAGCAAAGUAUUCGCGACGAUUUGGAUUUGGAAAUAUUCAAAAUUGACGUCAAUGUUGCUGCAAAUGCUGAGGUGGAAUUUCUAUUAGAAUAUGAGGAAUUUUUGCAACGUCAUGCCCAAAAGUAUUCUCAAAAGUUAUUUAUCGACUCUAAUCACGUGAUUCCUAACUUGGAAGUGAGGUGUAAGUAUAAAGAAAAACAAAAGUUUAAAUAUCUUUCAUAUAAGACGCCCUAUCUGAAACAACGUGUUUUACCAGAGGAGGGUGCAUUGUCUCACGGAAAUUAUUACGUUCAAACUGUGCAGUGGAAACCAAGUGAAACGGAACAAGAAUUAGCAGUUGAGGGUCUUAAAAAGCCUUUUGAAGUUGAGUAUGAACUAGACUUGGAAGACAACGGUGGAAUGGUAUUUAUCAACAACGACGGACAUUUUGUUUACUUGUUUUCGGGUCCAUGCACGGAGAAUAAAAUCAUGAACAAACAAAUUGUUUUUGUAAUUGAUAUCAGCGGCUCCAUGAGUGGUAACCCCAUACAGCAAGUGCGGCUGGCUAUGUCAUCCAUCCUUUCACAACUACGAGAAACAGACUAUUUCAGUAUUGUCAUAUUUAAUGAUAUUUCAACAAUGUGGAAGACAAGCUUUCAGAGGGGAAGUUCAGAAAAUAUAAAUGCAGCAAAAAUAUUUGUACGCGAUAAUGUUCUAUCGAAAGGAUCUACAAAUAUCAACGAUGCUUUGCUUCAAGCUAUAGAUUUGUUUGGAACAUCUGAGUCGGUUGAACGAUAUGGUCAAAUCAUUGUGUUUCUAACUGACGGUGAACCAUCCACUGGUGUAGUAAAUACCAGACAUAUUAGAGCAAAUGUGAGGGACAAAAACCAUGUGCACGGGAAAUGUUGUAAAACGACAAUUAAUACUAUUGCAUUUGGUCGAAAUGCCGAUAUAGAGUUUCUACAACAAAUUGCGUAUGAAAACGCAGGUACUUUGACAAUUAUAAAAGAAAUUGAUAAUUCAUUAGCAGAAUCUGAAUUAGUUUCCACUUACAAUAAUAUUGAAAACCCUUACUAUAAAGACUUGAGAUUCGAUUUUGAAGUUGCGGGGGAAAGUUUGCCUGAGGCAAACUUUACACAAGCGAUUUUGCCAUUGUAUGAUUGUGGAAGUGAAAUUGUUAUAAGCGGCUCAGCAAUUCCUGGAGAGGACAUUUUCCCAACGGUGAAAUUAAUAGGUGCCCAAAACGAUAUUACUUUUAACACCGUUCCAACCGUUUUGAUAGUUGGCAGCGAAGCAAAUAUGCUGACGCGGUUGGCUGUGUAUCAAAAGGUGAAACAGCUUUUAAAAGAAGCUGAAAUAUCCCUUGAUAAGAAUGAACGAGAUGCUGCAAAUAAUUUGGCACUGAAACUAGCGUUGGAAUAUAGAUUUGUAACGCCACUUACUUCUCUUAUUGUAACUGAUUAUGCAUCAGAUGGAAAUGAUGGCUUUAUGUAUUCUGAUUAUAGUUUUGAAAUGGUACCAAUGUCAGCUAAUUCGCCUACACGACGGUCAGGAAGUGGAAUGUCAGCAAAGUCAGAUUUUGGCUCGUAUAGUUUCAACAGCAGUGACAAAGAUUUUGUCAAUUUUGGCUUAUUUGUCAAUUUUUAUCUUCUGUUAAAGCUUAUCAUAUAAAGCCACCAAGAUAAAAUUAUUUUUGUUGUUGACUACACCCUGCGGAUAGCAUAUCCGAAUGUUGAUAAUUUUAGGGGGGGGGGGAUGAUUUUAACAACUACCAUACGGAUUUUAUAUACCAACAAUGUAUUUUCUUUGAAGUGCUUUUUGUUGAAAUAAACUAAUGCCUAUUUCUUAUGGGCCUGUUUUUUGUUUGAAGGUGUGAUGUAUGUACACAUUAUUUUUUUCAAAACAUAUUCAAAAUUUGUUUCAUUAGCAUGACAAAGUCUUUUGAAUAUUAUAAUUUGUAAUACUUUUUCAUUCAUAUCGUUUUUAUUUUGAUGUUCUGAAUGUUCAUGUAACAUGUAUUAUAAUAAGCUAUGGUUAUUCAUAUAUCUUGCAUAAAUACAUUUCAAAUGACAAUACUUGAAAAUUUCAAUAAUCAGUUUUUAUGUACAUGUAGUUUUCUUAAAAGUAUUAUAUUGUUAUUGCCAUUGCUUUAUUAUUAUCAUCAUGAAAAUUAUGAUUAAUGUUAUUAUUUGUUAGCCAGUUUACUCAUCAGCUUUAAACGACAUUAAUGCAGUUACUACAUUGUAGUAAUCAUUAAGCUGUGACAGUCAUAAAAGCAGAAAAUUAUGAUUAUAUAUAGAAGUUAACUUAUAUUUUAGUUGCAAAAGGCAACGAAUUAAAGGUGUGCAAAUAACCAUAAUCAUGAUCCUUUCGAAAAUAAUUUAUCACAUUUGCUGUCAGGUAUCUUCAUGACAAGGUGUAUAUAUUUAUAUAAAGUUAAAUCAUACCAUAAUACAAUAGAUCAUCUAUAUGUCCUAAAAGCACAAUUCUUUUUAACUAAUAAAAAGAAUGGGAUUUUUUAUGUAAUACAGUAAAGAGCACUUUUCAUUUUUUAAUUAUCAUUCUCUUUUGCUAAAUAUUUUCAUAAAAAGUAUGGAUCAGUGUUUAUUCUUUUUUAACUCUUCUACUUUUUUACUAAUAUUUUUGAAUCUUAUUAAUAUACAUAUAUAUACGAGUAUAAAUAUUUAGUUAUUGCAUGGUUGAAUAUAGUUUGUCUGUUGUUGUCUUUUACACAGCUUUAUUAACCGUAUUUAUGAUUGUUUUAUUACAUAAUAUAGAUGUGUGGCUUUGUGUAGAACGCUUGGUUCACUAAGAAAUCCAUGUUUUGUUACCAAUUACUUCAAGUAAACUAGGUUUAUCUCGUAUACAACUUUUACAACAUUAAAAUUCCUGUUCCAAAUCAUUAAUUUGGUCAGAGCUCUUGUUAAUUAAGUUACUUAUAGUUGUUCAGAAGAGACUUUAACUUUGUUUCGUUUGUUAGAGCCAAAUAUUUGCAUCAAAAUGUAUCAGUUAGUCAACCCUGGAAUCUCUCUAGAAAAAAUCCAUGUCAAACAUUUUUGUAUGUGUUUCUAAUGGCGGAUUUACAUAAGUAAAUUCGAACGAAGUACGCAAUUGAAUGGAAUUGAUUUAUUGAUAUUCAGCAAUAUCUAAUAAAUGAGUAUAAUUUUUUAUUAUUUCAAUAAUGAUUUAUACAUUUUAGCAUUUUAUAUUAAAAACAUAAUAAAUAAGCACGCAAUGGAAUGAAAUUGGUUUAUUGACAUUCAGCAAUAUUUAAGAAAUGACUUUUUACUAUAUUAAUGAUGUUUUAUACAUAUUAGCAUCUAAUGAUAAUAAGAAUUGAAUUUAAUAACCACUCCAAUAGCUUUUAUUAUUCCAAGUUAUGUUGAACAUACUUAUAAAAUAUAUUUAUGUUAACGUGUUAUGAACUAUGAUGUAAAUUGUUUCAUUUUAUGUAUAUUGAAUACACUAUUUAUUUUAUAUUAAUAGUUUAACAGACUACAUUUCAGGAUUAGUCAUAUAUCCUUUUUAUUAUUAAGUAUUAGUAGCGUAAAUAGUGUAAAGCAAAAUUAUAUUAUCUCAUUCUAUGUAGGAGAUGGGGUGUAUAUAUACAGAUACUGACAGUUUAAGUAUGUUUGUUUCACUGACAAUUCUAUUUUUUUUAAAUAAGUGUUAGUUUUUUAGAACAUUGAUUUAUAAUACAUAAACAAGAAUGUGAUGUAAUGUCUGUAUCUCACCUCCUGCCUGGAGUGAACAGUUAAUAUAAUUUUAAACACAUAGAAAAUUUAAUAUAGAAUAUGAUAUCUUUUAAAUUACAUAAAUAAGUUGUUUUAUCCCUAUGUUUUGAUAAUCACUACUGAACAGUUCAUCCAUGGUCUAACCAUGAGUGAAAAUGAUUUUGUAAAACCUUUUUUAUAUUGCGUGAUAGUGCUUUUAUGACAAAAUACAUAUUAUACAUUUCUAUAAUAUGGACUGUGGAGUUAUCCCUCUUAGUAUUAGCUAUAACAAGUCUCUUGUAAUUCUUUCGAGAAUGUCUAUAUACAAAUUCAAUGUUUUAAAUGUUUUAUAUGUAUAUAUGUGUAUAGAUGAGACUAUAAUAAAGAAUAAAUGUAUAAAUUUAAUUGCUGAUAACGUGUUUAUAAUGAAGCGGCCAUACAAUUGAUUCAAAAGUUAUAUACAACCAUAAUUUUGUGGUCUUUCUUUUUUAUAUUAAAUAUUAAUCAAAUAGUUUGUUUGCAUUUUCGUCUUUUUGUUUAUGUCUAGCGCAAUGUGUUGUUGAGUUAGGAACGCUCACUUCUUAAAAUUUAUUUUCAAGUAAAUAUCACCCGGUGUAAAAUAGUUACUAACCUAGCGUGACCAUCUUGUGAUGUUUUGGAUAACAAAGAAGAAGUAUCUUUGUUAUUAAUAGAAAACAUGUUCAACAAAUGUGAACCUUAUUUUUAAAAUUAUUUAUCAUUUAUUUCAUUUAAUAAGAUAACAUGGUAAGUAAAAUAUCUAUUAGAAACAAACAAAACAAAGUAAAAUCAGUACAUGAAACAAUUUGUGGUACAUCAGCAAUGACUGCUUAUUUCAUUUAAUAAUCUAAUUGUAGGACUUGCCCAUCAGCGCUGUGGAUUCGAGUCCCGACAUGGAAUUUAGAUUCCAACAUGUGAUGAAGCUAUCGCACUAGCUUACGAAACGUCGGUGGUUCUACUCAGGUGCCCGUUCGUGCCUGAAAUAAUCACAGAUGGGCACCUAAGAUCUGGAAAUCUCCAUUUUCUAAUAGUUUCGUGCUCUUAACAGCGGGGGAAAAAUGCUGAUCGGCAGCUGCUGUUUAAAAUCAAUCAUGGGGUGGGGCAAGUAGAGUUUAUAUUCAAGGGGAAGCUUCAAAUGGAUAUUGUUAAAUGUAAACAAUCUCAAAGAUAAAUUAGAAAAUCUUAGCUCAAAUUGUUAACUAAAAUGCACACACUUGUUUGAUAAAAUUGAUAACUAAACUAUUGCUGAAUUUGUGGAACGCGCUUAUACAUUGUAUUAAUCAGAACAGAUUAGCACUUAACACGUAACGAAAAAAAAAAAAUUUUUUGAUAUUGAAAUAUAAAUUUAGUGAUAAAAGAUUUGAACAUAAACCCAUUAUUUAAUUAAAAGACAGGGGCGAGUACUUCAAUAACAAAAGUGCAUUCUUUAUAUGUUCGUUACAUUCGGAUUUUAAAGUAAUUGCUUUACAAGAAUUAUUCAUAAACACAGACAACUGUUGACCACACACACAUUUGGCAAUUUCCUAAAUCCCGUCUCUUUUUUUUAUAAAAUAGAAUAAAACAUGAAAUAAAAAGAUAAUAAACAGUGUUAAAUCAAUAAUACUUGCAAUUCCUUUUGAAUACUUAAUUUUGUAAAUAAAACCCUAUGUUACUUUUAAAAUAAUAACAAACAUCAUUAUGAACAGAAUACAUUAUAUUUAUGUAAUACUCAUUUAAACCAUACUUUGAUGUUUCGCCUGUCUGCUGCUUGAAUGGCGUACAUCAGUUGUCACCCUUGAUUUAAGCUUUUAGUAAGGAAGGGAUUAAUCCCAUUAUGAUUGUUGAAGCCUCAGGUACAACCCUGAUUUCCUAAAACCAGUUUAUAAAAAAACAACA